GUGGAAUCUGGAAGUAUUAAUCUGAGCCUUCUCUGAAAAGGUCCUGUAUACUCGUAUCAAGCUCGCAUCGACUUUUUCACGCUCUGGAAUUCUCUUCUCCAUCUUGUGCUCCUCUUCGAAUGCGUGCAAUAUUUCUAUGCCUUGUUCGUUUAUGGCCAGACGUUUAUGAGGUCACACUCCACUUUGCUAGUGGCCUCCUCAAGUUACAAUUUGAAUUCGAUAACGGACCGUAUGUGUAUCACCCCACCACGAACCCAACAAUCCCAGCACUCUGGGUCGUGAUAUGCACUUUGGGUCGCAAGUAGUCCCAAACGAGGACACAUAAAUAGUCCAACUUGGUUUCAGGAUCCUCACCAGUUCUUCCCCGACUAGUUCCUCUUACCAGUACUGUCUGCUAUGCGCUUUUUCCUCACUGUCUUUUCUGCUUUGUUCGUCACGGCGUGGGGUUCUAUGCUCCUGGGCCGUCAAACCUCUUUGCCUGCUUGUGCUACCUCUUGCAUCACGAAUGUCAGCUACGACAACUGCUCCUCGUCUGACAACGCCUGUCUGUGCAAGAGCGAGACAUACGUCAAUACUACUCUAACAUGUAUCGAGAGCAGUUGUAGCGGGAGUGACCUUACUACUGCUAUUGAGACCGCGGAAGCCCUCUGUGCUGAAGUUGUCCGUCGUGUUUUCUGCGUUUUUUUGUUGACGUUCCGCUGACUCGUCUGCUUCAUUAGGGGGUAACUCUCAGUACGACGGGUCUUCCUACCGGAUCUGCUACUAGCUCUGGUGAUUCUGUGGCGGCUUCGACCACUGCUUCGAG